AUGCCGUCCAAGGAGGAGAAAGUGCUCGCCGAAAAAAUGAUACAGCGUGAGUCGCUGAUCGCUACCCGUAACGCUGUGGAGAAAUUCAUCAAAGACUUCGAAGCACUGCGGGACGGAUACCAAGUGCAAGUGAGAAUCGAGUCUCUAGACCGAGUGAACCAUGCGUAUUUGGAGGUUCAGGACACUAUCGAACGACUAGACUCCGAAAAUCUAGAGGAACAUCUUGUAGAAAGAGUGAAUUUUGAGCACAGUUACUGCACGGCGAAAGGUUUCCUCCUAUCGAAACGUCCGGUUGAUGCUAAUCAGGCACAGCUGAACAACUCAUUUGCCGCUCCUCCAACCACCUUCCACCUACGUUUACCGCAGAUCGGCAUGCCACGUUUUAAUGGCGACUUCUCACGUUGGUUGUCAUUCCGAGACGCCUUCUCGUCCAUGGUUCACUCCAAUGCUGACAUACCAACGGUCGCCAAGCUGCAAUACCUCUUGCAGUCGCUCGAAGGGGAUGCAAAGAAGCCUUUCGAGUCCAUCGAUAUUGAAGCCGACAAUUACGCAUCUACGUGGGAUGCUCUCAUCAAGAGGUACGAUAAUCGCCGUUUCCUCAAACGUCAGCUUUUCCGGACACUCUACGAUUUGCCGGCGGUGAAGCAGGAGUCUGCUAAACGCACCCACAACCUAGUCGAUGAUUUCCAGCGCCAUAAGACGAGCGAAAAGGACGACAUCAAGUAUGACGAACUGGUAGAAUUCCUCCGCCAGCGUGUUCGAGUGUUAAACUCCGUUGGCUACGAUCAACAGCAGCAACCGGCAUCUUCAAAGGUGGCCGGUAGCACACCGGAGCCCUCCAAGUUCAAGUUCGCAGCAAACGCCGCUGCAUCCUCCAGUUCGAAUUCUUCUUGUCCGCUGUCCUGUUCUGACAACCACGUCCUUCGCAACUGCCCAGUAUUCCUCGGGAAGGAUGUACGCCUUCGCCGAGAAUUCGUGACGCAGAAACGGUUGUGCUGGAACUGUCUGGGAAGCGGACAUCAAUCGAAGAAGUGUGUCUCAAAGUUCACGUGUCGAACGUGUCACGACCGGCAUCAUUCUCUGCUGCAUGAUUCUGGUCCCUCCAAGAUAUCGUCAAGUUCUACAGGAUCUUUAUCCUCUUCUGUACAGCAAUCGAUUCCAUCCACAAGUGUGGGUUCUUCCGGUGUGAGCUCAGCGUCAAUGUCCAACUUCAUUUCGAAACCGCUGGCGAAGCUGUUAUUCAACCCUCGGUCGAAGGUGGACAUAUCGAUAGCAGGAAUCGGUCUCUCGACGCAGAACGUAAAAAGUGCUGUCACGGCAACGGUUCAAUCGAGAACGCAGGAAUUCUCCACGAAGCUUCAGUUCCUAGUCCUCAAGAAUCCGUCAGCGGAGCUACCGACAAUGCCGAUCAGCAUUUCGUCAUGGAAUUUACCGGAAGUUGCACUUGCAGAUCCACAGUUCCACGUCCCAGGAAGGAUAGACCUCGUCAUCGGCAGUGAAGCUUUCUGGGAAUUCCAUACUGGUCGGAAGAUGUCAUUAGGAAAUGAUCUUCCAUGGUUGACUGAAACACCAUUCGGAUGGGCUGUCGCUGGGACUGCAUCCAGUCAGUCAAAAUGCAUUCCUCGGAUCUGCAAUUUUUCGACAAAGGACGAUCCGCUAGAAACCGCACUCCUGAAGUUCUGGGAAAUCGAAACCAGCUCCGAUGGUCCACCACUAUCUGUGGAAGAAAAUCGCUGUGAGCAACACUACGCGGCGACCACUACUCGUGAUUCAUCUGGGAGGUACAUCGUCAGUCUUCCUCAAACCGACAAUCCCGAAGUUGUCCUAGGAAGCUCCCGAGAAAUCGCAGAUCGUCGUCUGCGAAGCAUCGAGCGGCGACUCGUCUUCAAGGAGUCGAGUACAACAACGAAGGUCAGGGUCGUAUUCGACGCGUCGUGCAAGACGUCGUCGGGAUAUUCACUGAACGACACGUUAUUGGUUGGUCCAGUCAUUCAGGAAGAUCUUCAAGCACUAGUGCUGAGGUUUCGCAUUCGCUUCGUUGCUAUGGCUGCCGACGUGGAGAAAAUGUAUCGCCAAAUGCUUCAUUUCGCCAGCGACCGAAGAUUCCUACGAAUCCGCUUCAGGAAGAGCCCCACCGAUCCGAUUUCCACCUACGAACUGCAGACAGUCACCUACGGUACUGCGUCUGCUCCGUUAUUGGCCACGAGGACUCUGCAACAAAUCGCUUUAGAUAAUGGAGACCAAUUUCCAGCUGCUGUAGAAGCGGUGAUCCACGAUUUCUACGUCGACGAUUUUCUGUCUGGUGCCGACGAUGUAGAAUCUGCCAUCCAGCUUCACAAGCAGGACGUUCCACCGGAAGAUCUGGCGCUUAAACCUCUACACGACCUACAAGAUGAGCCAGCAGUUUCAACUCUCGGUCUCGUCUGGGAACCAUCGAACGACGUACUUCGUUUCAAGGUCCAGCUACCACUUCCUGCUGCGAUCCUGACGAAGCGUAAGGUGAUGUCUUACAUCGCUCAAAUCUUCGACCCGCUUGGUCUCGUGGGUCCUACGAUCGUUGUCGCCAAACUGUUCAUGCAGCGUUUGUGGGCCUUGAAGCAGAAUGGUGAAGAUUGCGAAUGGGAUACUGCACUCCCCCGCAAGCUGCAAGAAGAAUGGAAGGAUUUCCAUGCUACUCACCAUUUAUUGAGUGAAGUUCGUGCUCCACGAUUCGUCUCGCUGCCUAACGCUAUUAGCAUUCAGCUUCACUUCUUCGCCGACGCCUCCAAGGGAGCGUAUGGGACCUGCUGUUACGUGCGGGCCGAAACUAGUGACGGUGUUUCAAUUCAACUUCUGACGGCCAAAUCCAAGGUUGCGCCGUUAUUCAGUCGGCAUUCGAUAGCCCGGCUAGAACUCUGCGCUGCACGAUUAUCGACGCAGCUCUACAAGAAGGUGAAUGCUGCCCUGAAGAUAUCUGCCACUGCUUUCUUCUGGACGGAUUCCACCACCGUUCUUCAAUGGCUACAAUCAUCGCCUAGCCGUUGGAAGGCAUUCGUAGCGAAUCGGGUAGCGCAAAUCCAGCACGCAAGCGACGUGAACUGCUGGAAACACAUUGCUGGCAUCGAGAACCCUGCUGAUGAUAUCUCGCGAGGACUGAAUCCAGUGGACCUUCUGCAAUGCAAGCGCUGGUGGAACGGUCCUGAGUGGCUGUCACGUGCUCCGGAAGCCUGGCCGAAACCAAUUCCAUCCGAAGAAGAAACGGGAGCGACUGAUGAAGAAGUUCGUAAGGCAACACUCGUUGCGAUGACCGUUGUUCAGGUGGACUUCUGCGACGAUUUGUUUGCUCGUUACUCUGGUUUCUCCAAGCUUCGUCGUGUUACAGCUGUCUGCUUACGCUACGUUCGUUCUUUACGAGAACGUGCAUCGCUGCGCCGUUGUGAUCCGGUAAAGUACACCACUCUCAGCAUUGAAAACCAGCCUAUUCCUCCACUGACCACCGUAGAGCUUCAACGUGCUGAACUUCGACUGUGUCGCCUGGCACAACAGCAAUCGUUUCCCGAAGAAAUUGCCGAUUUAGUCAACGGGGAAAGAGUGGCCAAGUCUUCCGCUUUAAAGUGGCUGAGUCCAUUCAUCGACCAGGACAAUAUUCUUCGUGUCGGUGGCCGGUUACGAAACGCAGCGCUCUCCAACUACGUCAAACACCCCGUCGUGCUAUCUGCCAAACAUCCGCUGUUGACUCUGCUGACUAGUUUCUUUCACUUAAAGCUACUGCACGCAGGGCCGCAACUCCUGCUAGCAACUCUCCGCCAGAAAUUCUGGAUUCUGGGUGGUAGAAAUCUAUCAAAAUCCGUCUUCCACCAUUGCCACACUUGCUUUCGUAGCAAGCCCACACUAGUUCAGCAGAGCACAGCAGAUCUACCGGCAUCCCGAGUCUCACCAACUCGCCCCUUUUUCAUUUGCGGAGUGGACUACUGUGGACCGUUUUUCAUCAAAUCAACUGUCCGUAAUCGUUCACCAACGAAGGCGUACGUAGCAGUAUUUGUCUGUUUCGCAACGAAGGCUGUACACAUCGAGCUAGUAAGUGACCUUACCACAGCGGCAUUCCUAGCAGCUCUUCGUCGAGUGGUUGCCCGCAGAGGAAGGAUCGCAGAAUUGCACUCGGAUAACGCUACUACAUUCAAGGGUGCUUCGCACGCACUCAACCGCAUCUAUCGGAUGCUUAAGACGGACCAAGCUGAUCGUGACAGGAUCUUCAACUGGUGUUCCGAGAAUGAAAUCCGUUGGAAGUUCAUUCCACCACGAGCACCACACUUUGGAGGUCUGUGGGAGGCUGCGGUGAAGUCUACGAAAAAGCACCUCCUGAAAACUGUAGGCAACACCAACAUCGCCUACGAACAAAUGGUCACGCUGUUGGCCCAGGUCGAGAUGUGCCUGAAUUCCCGGCCGCUGACGCCGAUGUCAAGUGAGCCGUCUGAUCUGGAGGUCCUUACCCCGGGACAUUUUCUCAUCGGGUCCAACAUGCAAGCCGUUCCAGAAGUUGAUCUGCGUGGAGUUCCUGAUAACCGUUUACAGUUGUACGAGCAGACCCAAAAGCACCUCCAAAACAUUUGGGCUCGCUGGUAUCCUGAGUACUUGCAGCAACUGCAAUCACGGGCUACCAAAGGCUGCAAGCCACCGGUGACCGUUGAGGUCGGUCGAAUUGUCGUCAUCAAAGAGGAUAAUGUCCCGCCUGCAUAUUGGCCGCUCGGUAAGAUCAUCAAGCUGCAUCCGGGGAAGGAUGGUGUUGUUCGAGUCGUGACUCUACGGACUGCACCAGGGAAGGACAUCGUACGAGCUGUUGCCAAGCUAGCGCUGUUACCAUCACCGAACCCAAGCAUCUGA